AUGUAUUUCUCUAAAGCACAUAAGGAAUUUCUGAGAAAGUACUUUCCUGUGGAUGUUUGUGGGAAGAAGGAGAUUGAGUUUCUAGAGAUGAAGCAGGGUAACUUGUCGGCUACUGAGUAUGCUGCCAGGUUUGUGGAACUUGCUAAGUUCUACCCUCAUUAUAGUGAGGUAAUUGAUGAGUUCUCGAAGUGUAUCAAGUUCGACAAUGGUUUGCACCCUAAGAUUAAGCAGGUGAUUGGAUACCAACAGAUUAGGAGGUUUCUAGAGUCGAUAAAUAACUGUAGAAUUUAUGAGGAUGGUAGUAAGGCUCGGUCGGUUCAUUGCAAGGGGAUGAGCGAGAGAAGAGGAAAUCAGAAUGUGAACCAUGGGAAGCCAUAUAGUGCUUCAGUUAAUAAAGGUAAGCAGAGUGUUGCUGAAGGUAAGAGGCCAAGUGGGGGAGAUGCUCCUACUCCUCUUAAGUGUUAUAGGUGCAGUGAGUUGGGUCAUUGUGUCAGUGAAUGCAAGAGUGAUCUGAAGAACUGUUACAAGUGUAGAAAGUCAGGACAUAUGGUUAUUGAUUGCAAAAAGAAUAUGCGUAAGAAAGCUUCAACUGGAGGAAAGGUGUUCGCUCUAACGGGGACUCGGAAUUCCGAUGAUGAUAGGUUGAUCAGAGGUAUAUGUUAUAUUAAUAAUGUGCCUUUGAUUGCUAUUAUCGAUACUGGUGCUACUCAUUCUUUUAUUGCUGCUGACUAUGUGAAAAGGCUAGGCCUUGUUGUGUCUUCUAUUAAUGGAGAAAUGGUUAUGGAAACUUCUGCUAAGGGUUCGGUGACUACUACUUCAGUUUGUUUGAAUUGUCCUUUGUUAAUCUUUGAUAAAGAUUUUGGCAUUGAUCUUAUUUGCUUGCCGUUGGAGAAUCUUGAUGUUAUCUUGGGGAUGAACUGGUUGGAGUUCAAUCAUGUUCAUAUCAAUUGUUAUAACAAGUUGGUGCGGUUACUUACUUCUAGGGAGGAGGAAGAAGUUGGUUUCUUGUCUGCUAGAGAGUUGAAUGAGCUUUUGGAAAAGGAAGCUCAGGUGUUUGCGUUGUUUGCGGCAUUAUCUUCUAAGAUUUAG